UAAAAGGAUUUUCUCCCUUAAGUGAUGUGAGCAAAUCAUCAAGAAAUGUCGAGUCACGUGCUAGUGAUUCUGUACUGUGUGGUAACUCUUCUGACAACAGGAAAUGGAAGACAGAGUUACCAGAACGGUUGAUAGAUCUACAAACAAAUAAAGAUUUGUCGAAGACAUCAGAUACCUCCGACAAAUAUGGCAAGGGAAAUAACUCUGGAUUAUCAACCAGUAGAGUGGAUAAAGACAGUUCUGAUUAUGAGUUGGUGAAGGGUACGCCAGCUCUAAGUAAGGGUUCUAGUGAUCUGGGUUUGGAAAUGAUUACAAGGCGGGAUGAGGAUGCUGCUGGAGAGUCGGAGGAUAUAACUCCUGGAGUGGUAGAAAGAGAUUCGAUGACGUAUACAAGUUCUGCCAGCUUAGUGUUGUCAACUAGCCAACCAGACACACACACAGACACACAGACAGAUCCACAGACAGACACUCAGGCAGAUCCACAGACAGACACACAGACAAACCAGCAUUCAUCACUUCAGGGUCAGCAGAAACAAGAAACACCUCAAAAACGGAUUAAAAGAAAAACAGACAAAAACUAUUCCAUUCAGCAACCAAAUGAUACCAAACCAUCAAUGUUAUCACCAGAGAUCAAGGUUAAUAUCAAAACAACAGAUUCUCCAAUGAAACAACCUGUACAGUCAACAACACGCGCUUCAUCAUUUCAGGAAAAUGUUAAAACGGAAAUACCAGAAUCUUCAUUUCCGACAACAGCUAAAAAGCAUACUGAGGAAUCAGCCUUUUUAAAUCAGGUUGGAACACGAACAUCCGAGUCCAAUGGAGAAGCAACAAAAUCUAAACCUUUCCGCCGGAAACCAGUUGAAACGAAAGUACCAGAAUUGUCAUUUCGGAAACCAGUAGAAUCUAAAACACUCAAGUCAUCUUUAAAAAAGAAGGAUGUAGCUGUGUCAAAUACACAGGGAGACUGUGACAAAGAUGGCCGUGCUACAGAUAAAAGUAAACAGAAUCUGAAUAAUACACAGGGAGACUGUGACAAAGAUGGCCAUGCUACAGAUAAAAGUAAACAGAAUCUUGAUAAAACAGGAAGUAGUUUAACAGGUGACCCGUCUGAUGUGAAGAGGAAGAAUGGCGAUGUUUGGGACGAUUCCAAGUAUCAAGUUUCCACUAACCAAGAUGUGAAGUGGAAGGAUGGCCAUGUUUGGGACGAUUCCAAGUGUCAAGUUCCCGCUAACCAAGAUGUGAAGAAAACCAAAUCAUUUUCUGUUAGUGUAGAACCACCUUCACCUUUCACUCCGAAGGGUAAGAAUGUUAAACGUGGCGUUUCAUUGCUUGGAACAUCGAAAAGUUUAUUUCCAGAAUCCAUGACAAUCAACAUGGAUUUAACAGGAUCAGAAGAGGACCAAGAUAAAAAAGAUCACAAUGAUGAUGAUGAUGAGGAUGACAAAGAUGAAGGAUUAUCUUUUAGCAUGUCAUCGACGUCAUCGUUUAUGAAAGGAAGCGAUGACACCAUGUCUGACGUCACACUUUCUCCCCCGAUUUCUCCAUUUAAUAGUCCACUCCAUAAAGAUACGGCAACAUUUGUGACGUCAACACCAAAAUCAUUCUUUAAAACACCUAACGACACCAGAGAGGUACGCAGACAUUCACUUCCAAAUGUGGAGUCCGAUUUAUCAGAGAACUCGUCUCUCAAAUACUCACUGGUUGAUAUAGACCUCACAAACUCCUACACAGAGAAAAGGUCUGUAGGAGAAUUUACAUCUCCUAAUGUGACAAAAUCAUUGUCCUUUUCAUCUGGAACCCCAUUGGCUGAGGCCCUGUCAUUGCCGACCCCCAGUCCCCGUAGAAAACCCCGAGUGUCACGGCGUACCUCCCAGAAGCUCAUACGUAUGGACGAGGAUGAGUUUAUCGGAUUUGCCACGCUACCCGAUCAGGUCCAUAGGAAGGCGGUCAAGCGAGGUUUCGAGUUUGGACUCAUGGUGGUGGGUGAGACAGGCCUGGGGAAGUCGACCCUCAUCAACAGCCUCUUCCUGACAGAUUUAUACAAGGACAGGAAAAUACCUAAAGUGGAGGAAACCAUUAAGAAGACUGUUCACAUUGAAAAGAAACAACUUGAGAUUGAAGAACGUGGCGUAAGACUACGACUCACAAUUGUUGAUACACCAGGGUUCAAUGACUCUGUGAAUGGAGAAGAAAAUUGGAUGCCAAUUAUAGACUAUAUUGACAGCCAGUUCGACCAAUACUACCAGGCAGAGAGUGGACUUAAUCGUAAAAAUAUACAAGACACUCGCGUCCACUGUUGUCUGUACUUCAUAUCUCCCUACGGACACGGUCUAAAGCCGGUAGAUAUCGCUGUGAUGAAGAGAUUACACACCAAGGUCAACAUUGUCCCUCUCCUUGCUAAGUCUGACAUCCUCACUCCAAAGGAGGUGAAAAGGUUAAAGGCCAAGAUAUUGGAUGAGAUUAAGGACAACCAUAUACAGAUCUACCAGUUCCCAGAGUGUGAUAGUGAUGAGGACGAGGAGUUCAAACAACAGGACAAAGCCUUAAAGUCAGCCAUUCCGUUUGCGGUAGUGGGCAGUAAUACAGUUGUGGAGGCAGGAGGCAAGAAAAUCCGGGGACGCAUGUACCCCUGGGGGAUAGUAGAAGUUGAUAACCCCAAACACUGUGACUUCGGCAAGCUACGACAGAUGUUGAUCAGUACACAUAUGCAGGAUCUGAAGGAUAUCACGGCCGAUCUACAUUACGAAAAUUAUCGCGCUGAACAUCUGGCAGAGGAGAUGAAGAGUUCUCAGAGGGAGAGAAGCAAACUUAAACGAGAUUCCAUUGUAAACAUGGAUGCUGUUUCGGAGACAGACAAGCUACUGCAGCAAAAGGAGGCUGAGAUACAACGGAUGCAAGCUAUGCUGGCCAAAAUGCAGGCACAACUACAAAGUAAUCAACCUCCAGCGAACGGGAAAGUGGCCAACAGCUAAUCUGUCCCCACCUCAACACUUGUACACAUGACAAGCUUUAACCAUUGGUCCAAAUUUAUUACGGAAUGG